AUGUCUCAACAACAAACAAAAAAUUGUAUAACGCUGAAAGGCUCUGCACAAAUCAUUUGUGAAUAUCUCAAAUACGCCAUUAAUUCAGUAUUAUUUCAAAGAGGCUUGUAUCCACCAGAAACAUUUAAAGCAGAACAGCAAUAUGGAAUUACUCUUCUCAUAUCUGAAGACCAACAAAUUAAAAACUUUCUUACAAAUCUAUUGACACAAAGUGAAGAAUGGAUUCUCAACAAAAAAGUCAGUAAGCUAUCUCUAAUAAUACUCAAUGUGGCUAACAAAGAAAUAUUGGAAUGCUGGGAUUUCAAUGUACAGUACGAAGAUGGUGAUGCAGCUUUAUCUAAAGAGAAAAAUGAGAAAGUAGGAAGUAAAGAUUUGAAGAAAAUACAACAAGAGAUACGCGAUGUUAUGCUACAAGUGGCUGCUACGAUUUCAUAUCUACCUUUCUUAGAUUGUAGAUGUUCAUUUGAUGUUUUAGUACAUGCUAAGACCGAUUGUGACAUUCCUGAGAAAUGGGCUGAAGCCGAGCCGAUAGCUAUAACUAAUGCACAGAAUGUACAACUGAAAACCUUCUCAACCAGCCUACACAAAAUGGAAACUGUUGUCAGUUACAAGCUCGCAGAUUAA